CGAAAUUCUAUGGUUAAAAUUGGAGCAUGCGGUGGUGUGCGAGUGCGGAAACUCCUUCGAAAAGGUUGUAGAGGAGUUUCCUCCACGUUUUUGGUUUGACAGGCAGGCAAAUAGAUUAUCAUCAUGCCGCCGAAAAAGUCUAUGGAGGAAACGGAUCGAUUAACACGUAUAGCCAUAGUUAAUAACGAUAAAUGUAAACCAAAACGAUGUAGGCAAGAAUGCAAAAGAUCUUGUCCAGUUGUACGGAUGGGUAAACUUUGUAUAGAAGUUACUGCAAAUAGCAAAAAAGCAUCCAUUUCAGAGGAAUUAUGUAUUGGAUGUGGUAUUUGUGUUAAGAAAUGCCCAUUCGAAGCAAUAUCCAUCAUUAAUCUUCCUAGCAAUUUAGAAAAGGAAACCACUCAUCGUUACUCGAAGAAUUCAUUUAAACUACAUAGACUGCCAAUUCCUCGUCCUGGAGAAGUGUUAGGUUUGGUAGGAACUAACGGAAUUGGUAAAUCAACUGCUCUUAAAAUUUUAGCUGGCAAGCAGAAGCCAAAUUUAGGCCGAUUUACUGAUCCUCCAGACUGGACCGAGAUCUUGAGUCACUUUAGAGGUAGUGAACUGCAAAAUUAUUUUACUAAAAUAUUGGAGGACCAUUUGAAAGCCCUUAUCAAGCCUCAGUAUGUAGAUCAAAUUCCUAAAGCUGUGAAGGGCACCGUGCAACAACUUUUAGAUCAAAAGGACGAACGCAAAAAUCAAAUGGAAAUUUGUAAAAUGUUGGAUCUGAUGCAUAUUCGUGACAGAGGUAUCGAAGCACUUUCCGGUGGGGAACUUCAACGAUUUGCUUGUGCUAUGGUGUGUAUCCAAAAUGGAAAUAUUUUCAUGUUUGACGAGCCAUCAUCAUACUUGGAUGUAAAGCAACGUCUGAACGCUGCUUUAACAAUCCGAUCUCUUAUUCAUCCCGACAAGUUCAUAAUAGUAGUGGAACAUGACUUAUCGGUUCUGGAUUAUUUAUCAGAUUUUAUAUGUUGCCUUUAUGGCGUUCCUGGAGCGUAUGGUGUUGUUACUAUGCCUUUCUCUGUCAGAGAAGGUAUAAACAUUUUCCUCGACGGUUUUGUUCCCACUGAGAACUUGAGAUUCCGCGAGGAGUCUCUUGUCUUCAAAGUUGCGGAGAGUGCAACCGAGGAGGAAGUGAAACGUAUGAAUCACUACGAGUAUCCAGCGAUGACGAAGACAAUGGGGUCGUUCAAGCUGAACGUUGAGAAAGGUCAAUUCACUGACUCGGAGAUCCUUGUGUUACUUGGCGAGAAUGGAACAGGAAAAACGACGUUUAUUAGAAUGUUGGCUGGUAAUCUGCCACCCGACGAUGGUUCUGGAAGUAUCCCUAUGUUGCAUAUCAGUUAUAAGCCGCAGAAGAUAAGUCCCAAAUCUCAGGGUAUCGUGCGACAGCUGUUGCAUGAGAAGAUUAGGGACGCUUACGUGCAUCCACAAUUCGUGACAGAUGUUAUGAAGCCUUUGAAGAUAGACGACAUCAUGGACCAAGAAGUGCAGAACCUUUCCGGAGGUGAACUGCAGCGAGUGGCUCUUGCUCUGUGUCUCGGGAAGCCUGCUGAUGUCUACUUGAUCGACGAACCUUCUGCUUAUUUGGAUUCGGAACAACGUUUGGUCGCAGCUAAAGUCAUCAAGCGGUUUAUAUUGCAUGCAAAGAAAACGGGAUUCGUAGUAGAGCACGAUUUUAUCAUGGCUACAUACUUGGCUGACCGUGUAAUAGUAUUCUCUGGCACUCCAUCAUUGGCUACUACAGCUCACAGUCCGCAAUCUUUGCUAAAUGGCAUGAACAGAUUCUUGGAACUUCUCGGCAUCACUUUCAGAAGAGAUCCGAACAACUACAGACCAAGGAUCAAUAAGAGUCAGUCCGUGAAAGACCUGGAACAAAAGAGAGCAGGCCAAUACUUCUUCCUGGAGGAGUGAGGCAUCGUCUCGACAACGAUUUGAAUAGCAGCUUAUAUGAAAUAUUGUGAAGAAAUUUUUGUAAAUCUUUAUACUUUUAAAAGCCGGGAAUGGAUUUCUUACGAUACAUUUAAACACUGGUGGCGCAUAUUUUGCGUUCCCAUAAAACAUUAUUCGUUUUUACAUUUCAAUUCUUCUACUUGUAGGAUAUAUAUUUAUUUUAGUAAAUAUAUAAAAUCAAGUAUAUUACAGAUAGAACAAAAGCUUCGUUGAAGGAAAAAUACAAAUGUAUUUUUGUAUAAUUUAUUAUAACCGGAAGUUUAUGUAUAUUCGUGAUGUGCGUCACAAAUUGUCUUUUUUCUUAUACGAAACGAUAUUAUGCACUUUUUAGUAUCAGGAAUAAUUUGCGUCUGCGUGUAUAAUGAAUUUUUGAAGGAAACAAAAUGUCUCAAUAUAUUUACAUGUACAUCUGCUAUGCAACGUGAAAUAUAAUACAAAUGGACUUUAAAGGAGAAAUUGUUUGAUUAAUUAUUAUGAAUUCGACAGCUUCACGAUUUUACAUAAGUGAAAAAAAUGAUUUUUUUCUGCAAAAAAUGUUCAAAAUUAUAACAUUUGAAGUCGUGAUUAGAGUAUUCAUUGAUUUACCAUAUAGUAAAGUAAAAGGAAUAAAAAGUUGUAUUUCCAGGUUUAUUGACAUGUAACCGUGAUAAAAUAUAAUUAUUCUGCUAA